AUGGGGCGAGCAUUGGAAUCAUCUGUUGCUCUCUUUCCACUUAGCUCCUGUUGCAAAUCAAAGUAUCUACUAAACUUGGAAUGGCUUGUUCCCAGAGAAGCCUUCCCACAGAUAGGGAGAAUGAGCAGUAAAACAAAAAAUUUGAUGCAGGCGAUAGCGAUUCUGAAGAAAGGAGCGUAUCUUUUGAAAUAUGGCAGGCGUGGAAAACCUAAAUUCUACCCUUUUCGGCUUUCAAGUGAUGAAAUCUUUUUGUUAUGGUACUGUGGGAAAACAGAGAAACGUCUUAAACUAAGUUCUGUGACAAGGAUCAUACCUGGACAGCGUACUUCAGUUUUCCGACGAUACCCUCAGCCCACCAAGGAAUAUCAAUCUUUUUCUCUUAUUUAUGGCGACCGUUCUCUUGAUUUGGUAUGCAAGGACAAGGACGAAGCUGAGUUCUGGAUCACAACCCUUCGAGCUCUUCUCUCACGAAACUGCUCUUCUUCAUUAGUACUUCACUCAAGAAGCCGUAGCUUUGUUCCUGACUAUGGAGGAGAACAAAGUAGCUCCAAUAUCAGAUCAGUCAGCAGUGAUACAAGCUGCGAGGAACAUGCAAAAAAGGCUUCAGGAUCUCACAUUAACACUCCACAGAGACUAGGGAAAGUUUUCUCAGAGGUGUUGUCACAAACAGCAGUACUAAGAGCACUCUCUUUGGACGAACUGGUCCAUAAACCUCAUAACACAUCUCCCGAAACUGUAGAGAAUCGACCUACUAAUAAUCAUUCCCCUGCUGUUGAUACAAGUAAAUAUACAGUUUCCAGCGCACUGAGCUCAUCUAGUCAAGGAUCUACUUUUGAGGACUUGAAGUCUCUCUGUGAUGUCUUUGUCUGGGGAGAAAGUAUUGGAGAUGGCUUAUUAUUAGGAUGUGGUGGUGGUGCUAUGCACAAAAGUGAAAGCAGCUCUUCCCUGACGGCUGAAACCUUUUUGCCCAAAGUUCUGAAAUCACACGUGGCACUUGACGCACAGGGCAUUUCAUGUGGCACCAAUUACGCAGUGUUGGUCACAAAGCAGGGACAGAUGUACAGCUGGGGAGAAGAAUCUGGAGGCAGGCUAGGACAUGGAGUUUGCUCCUACGUUCCGCAGCCCAAACUCAUCGAUGAGUUUGACGGAUCAUCAGUGGAGUUAGCUGACUGUGGGGAGUUUCACACCUGUGCGGUAACAUCCUCAGGGGACUUAUAUACUUGGGGAGAUGGAGCUCACAACGCUGGGCUCCUUGGACUUGGUAGUGAAGCUAGCCAUUGGAAACCAGUACGAAUCCUCGGCCAGAUGGAGGGUAUAAAUGUCAAAACCAUCUCUUGCGGACCUUGGCAUACAGCUUUUGUGACGUCAGAAGGUAAGCUGUUCACAUAUGGUGAUGGUACUUUUGGUGCGCUUGGGCAUGGAGAUCGUGUAAGCACUAGCGUACCGAGAGAAGCAGAGGCGCUAAGUGGCUGCAGAACAAUGAAGAUAGCUUGUGGCGUUUGGCAUUCAGCUGCUGUUGUCAGUGUUUUCGGAGAGGCAGCGUCGUGGGGAAAGCUCUUUACUUGGGGUGAUGGAGAGGAUGGGAAACUCGGACAUGGGGACAAAGAGUCUAGACUAAUCCCAUCUUGUGUAGCUGAGCUGGAUGCAACUAGCUUUCAGCAAGUAGCUUGUGGCCAGAGCGUUACUGUUGCUCUCUCUGCUUCUGGACAAGUUUAUGCAAUGGGGGUUCUUGAUCCGGGUCACGAAAACGUUGUGAAAGCUCCUUCAUGCAUUGAAGGAGGUCUAGGAAAGAGCUGCGUCCAAGAAGUGGCUUGCGGGUUUCACCAUAUCGCGGUUUUGAACUCGAAAGCUGAGGUUUACACUUGGGGCAGAGGAUCGAACGGGCAGCUCGGCCACGGAGAUACUGAGAACAGACGUUUGCCGACACUUGUGAGAGCUUUGAAAGGCAAACAAGUGAGGAAAGUGGUGUGUGGCUCUAACUACACAGCCACCAUUUGUCUUCACAAACCGAUCACCGGUACGGAUAGUUCAAGGUGUUCUGGUUGUCGCCAUCCUUUUAACUACAUGAGGAAGCUACACAACUGUUACAACUGUGGGAGUGUCUUCUGUAACGCGUGCACUAGCAAAAAGUCGUUAGCAGCAGCCAUGGCUCCCAAGACCAACCGGCCUUACCGCGUUUGCGAUGACUGCUACAUCAAACUCGAAGGAGUUCGAGAAUAUUUAGGAACUCCAGCCAACAACAGUGCUAGAUUCUCAAACGCGAGUCUACAGUCUAGCAUUAACGAGAUGGACGAUUUUGGUACAACACCACAGCGUCAGCUACUUAGAGUGGACUCGUUUGAUUUCUUCAGACAAUCCAAGAUCCCUGAUCUCAAAACCAUAGGUGAAACUUCAGGAGGAAGUCACGCCUCUUCUUCUAGUAGUUUUAACCUAAAAGGGAUACGACAACUCUCGAGACUCGCUUCUUUUGAUUCUGUUAAUCAAGAAGGCAAACAACGUACCAAGCAUUGCGCUUCGAAAUCAGACACGUCCUCUCUUGUAAGACACUCGGUGACUUGUGGUCUCCCGUUUUCGCGUAGAGGUUCUGUUGAGUUGUUUCCUUUGUCGAUAAAAUCGAGCCCGGUUGAAUCCGUUGGGAAUACUUCGGACUUCACCGCUGACAUAACAGAUACAGAGUUGCUGCAAGAAGGGACAAAGAAACCAAAUCAGUGCCUUAACCAGGAGAUAUCAGUUCUCAAAGCACAGGUGGAAGAGCUUACUCGGAAAACAAAACAACUCGAAGCAGAACUUGGAACGACAUCGAAGAAGCUUGAAGUUGCGGUCUUAAUGCAGCGUGAUGAUGCAGAGAAGAUCAAAACUUCAGAAGAGAUAGUCAGGUCCCUAACUCUGCAGUUGAUGGACGCGACCAAGAAAGGAGUAGACAAGACAAGGAGACGCCGAAGCUCGUUUUGAUGUAAUCCUUUUAACUAUAUAUAGAGAACAAGAAAGCAGAGAAACAGGGGAAUAGAUUGAGAAUACAAGAUUGAAUGUAAAAUACCACAAGUGUAAUAAUAAAGCUCUUACCAAAUUACAUAUUACAUUUUUGUAUAAUAUUAU